AUCACAAUAGAUCGCACCGCAAGCAAGCGCACUCACAUUUGUGUCCGAAGGAACAAUUGCGCCCGGUAAUUAGUCGUGCUCGUUUGCCCCUCCAAAUAAGGUCCGAUAGCGCGCGAAUCUUCCCAAUUCUGCGAGUAUCCGUCCGUCCAAGGUCAUCACCAUCCGCCGGCGUCAACGUCCAAGGGUAGCACCGCGAUGCUAAAGUGCGCAAUUCUGGUGAUGCUGGUGACCUUCGGGGUCACCAUCGUUCUGCCAUCCGUGAGAUCUAGUGAUAAAGACCUUAUCGAUCUGGAGUGCACAGAUGACGCGAACUGUACGAUCUUCCAAGGUGUUUACCACAGCUCCACGUGCGUCAACGGUUCCUGCCAUUGUAUCCAUAAAGAACGUAACGAAACUGACGAAUGUGAACCCCAGCACAUUUCAUACUCGAACAAGAUUGGAGGCACAUGUCCGUGCAAUUCGGAGAACUCGUUCUGCAACGAGACGAGCCAGAUGUGCAUCUGCAAGGACGGAUUCAUGCCCAGCAGAGAGAUGAAGAGAUGCAUCAGCAAGUCGGUCCCGUUGAAUGGAACGUGCGAAGUGGACGAACAGUGCAUCAUGCACGAUCCCUUCUCGCACUGUGAGGAUGUCUUCAACAACUGUACCUGCCAGCAGCACUUCCUCGACUUCCAGGACACGUGCCACUCGGUGGUCGAGGGUCCCCACGUGAACGAAACGACGGUUUCGGUUCCGUGCGAGCAGGAUGUGGACUGCUCGAACCACACGGCCAACUCCAGCUGUCACCAGGGCAAGUGUAUCUGCGUGCACGGGUUCGUGGCCAACGCCGAACGGAACAGCUGCCUGCCGGUGGCCCAGUUCGAGGGCAACUGUACCGAAUCGAACCAGUGCAUCGCCCAGCUGAGCAUUGGAUCCGUGUGCAGUGAGGGCAAGUGCGAGUGCAGCGAGGCGUUCUUCCCGUUUUCGGAUCAUGCCCACGACAACGCGACCGGGCAGGCCACGGUAGUGACCACGUGUAAGCGGAAGAUUGCACACGGCUCAAGUUGCAACGAGAACAAGGAUUGCUACCAAUUCCACCAAGGUCCCCACCAGCAAACACUGGAGUGCUCCAACGCAGAGUGCGUUUGUAAGGAAACCCACCGACUAAGUGGGGGGAUUUGCUAUCCAAACGCAAGCUCAUCAACUGCCAACAUUCCAUCAAUUUUACUGGCGUUUGCGGCGAUAGUGUUUACAUCGAGCCGCAAGUAUUGUUGAAUUGUUAAUAAAAAAAAAUCUCUGUAAA